AUGAGUCAAAUGUCGUCUGGAAUUGUUGGUGUUGCCAAUAGUGGCACCAAUUAUAGGGUCCCAUUGUCGUUACCUUCAUCAUGUUUGUUUACUUCCUUGUGUUUUAACACCACCAUCAAACCCAAGGGAGUGGCGUUGGAUUAUUGGGCAUCUAGUAAUUGUAACCAUAAAGACAUUCAAAGAGGAAGGAAAAGAGGACAUGGGAUUGUGGCAUCAAGCAAAGUUGCUUCACCAUCUAUAUGGGAUGAAUGGAAACCUCUCAAAGCCCCUUCCACUCCUUCCCUCAGUGACAUUCUUUGGCCCUCUGCUGGGGCAUUUGCUGCAAUGGCAAUAUUGGGAAAGCUGGAUCAGUUUUUGGCACCAAAAGGACUCUCAAUCGCAUUUGCGCCAUUUGGGGCGGUUUCCACUGUCCUCUUUGCCACACCCACUGCCCCUUCUGCCCGGAAGUACAGUAUGUUCAUGGCUCAAAUAGGUUGUGCAGCAAUUGGUGUUUUGGCAUUGACAAUAUUUGGACCCGGAUGGUUGGCCAGGAGUGCUAGUAUUGCAGCAUCCGUUGCUUACAUGAUUUGCACGAACUCCGUUCACCCCCCAGCUGCAAGCAUGCCAUUGCUUUUCAUUGAUGGUCCAAAGUUCCAUCAUUUGAAUUUUUGGUAUGCUGUGUAUCCUGGGGCUGCUGCAUGCAUUCUGCUCAGUUUGGUGCAAGAGGUGGUUACAUACCUGAAGAAAAAUUUCAAAUUUUGA